UUGUAUGGUGUGUUUAUUCAUAUUUGUACUAUUGUUUCUUCUUAAUUACCAAAAGUAAAUGAAUCAAAAUAUCUAUGUAUCUGUGGUAGGUGCCAAAAGUGGUGACAUGUCAUGAAUCAUAUUUAUUUUCUGUGGUAAAGCUAUCAUUGAAAAAUUGCUAUUGAUUUUGGGAGCACAUGUUGCAUGGGGACUAUCGAAUUUUGACAAAAGUUGAAAAAAAUGGCAAAGAAAAUUCUUCGGUGACAUUGGAGCAUAAUAAUGCUACAGACAACAUGGAUAGCGUUAAUUUUGGGAUUCUGGUCUUCUCUCUAUCUCUUGGAUGCUUAUUUAAAGAGUCACAAGACACAAGGUAGACAGUACAUCAAGUUCCUAGACAGGACGGGAUGUUCAGUGUCCAUUUGUCAGUUCCGCUGGUACUCCACCCUCUUCAAUCGGAGUUUUGUCCGGCUGGGUCAGUGGAGGCCUCGUUUGCUGCGACUGUGGUUCACUGUUGGCGUCCUCUUUGGACUCGUGGCCAUGUUGCUGUCUGUCUGCCUCCUGACUCUCCUCGUUAUCAACACGUUACGUAAGCAGCCGGUGGAACAACAAGUACUCACACCAGUGAUGCCAGGGGUGAACCUACCGGCCAGUCAGCUGUCCUAUUACCUGCUCACCCUCCUUGUGUGUGGAAUCCUUCAUGAGAUGGGGCACGCCGUCGCUGCAGUCAGAGAGAAUGUGAGAGUGAAUGGUUUUGGCCUGUUCCUGCUGAUUGUGUACCCCGGGGCAUAUGUUGAUCUGUCGACGGAGCACCUGCAGAUUGUCUCACCUUUAAGACAACUAAGGAUUUACUGCGCUGGUGUCUGGCACAACUUCAUCAUCGUCAUCUUCGCAUUGAUCGUUAUUUUUCUUCUGCCUAUCCUCCUUGUGCCAUUCUAUUCUGUAGGGAGUGCAGUAGUCAUCACACAAGUGUCUGAGAAUUCUGCAGUGUCUGGCCCCCGAGGGUUGGCGGUGGGGGACCCUGUGACCAGUAUCAGUGGCUGUAGGGUGACGGACAUAGAUGACUGGCAUGCCUGUGUAUCCCACAGCAUCAAGGAACAGUCCAUGGGCCACUGUCUAUCCAGGGAAAAAAUCGCAGAGCUGGACACAACUCCGAAAAAUCUGUCUGAAGCUGCCAUGGCCAUAGACUGUUGUAAUAGUACCAGCAGUACACACCUCUGUUUUAAGUAUCACAUCAAAAGCAAAUCCAAAGAUAAAUAUGCCUGUCUACCUGCCAGGCUGACUACAGACCGCCCAAUGUGUAAGUACCAGAGUGACUGCUACAUUCCAAAGGCUGACAUGGCUUGUGUGUACCCUGCCCUAGACAAUGUGACCAAACUUCUACAGGUGUUCCAUGGCAGAAAACCUCCUCUGUUGUUCCUAGGGCAUCCUCUGGACUUACAUUACUCAGUGAUGCUGAGUAACUAUGUUCCCAAAUCUUCCAUUAUUCCACUCAACCUGCCCUAUGUGUUGGAGACAUUCAGCAAAUAUUUAAUUUCUCUGUCGGGGGCACUGGUCAUACUGAACGUGGUGCCGUGCUACGCCCUGGAUGGUCAGUGGAUAUGCCACGCCUUUAUUGAGCUGUCCCUGGCGUCCGUCAUACCUGACCGUGAGAUUCGGGGACUGAUCUAUUCUGUGAUAAUCCUGUAUGGGACUGCAUUACUCUUAGUCAAUGUCUUCAUAGCCAUGUGGAUGUUAUUUAUGUGAGAGUCAGAUUAAGGGGGGUAAAUGUGGCAAAGUUCAUUAAAUUUGUUGAUUGAAAUACUGAUAAGAAAACCAACCAUGUUAACAUUGAUACAUGAUGGAUUUUUAUUGAUAGUCUGAUAUUAGUCUCAUUUUAUUUUGUCAAACACUUCUAAAACAACUAUGAUUUACUGCCGUUUUGUUGAAUGGUGGGUGACUGAGUGUUCUGUAUUCAUCUGAUGAGGUAUGAGAGACUUGAGAAAUUGAGAUUUGUACUAGUGUUGAUGUAUGACUGUAUGAUAGUAUACCAGUAUGGUGACAGUAUCUGAGUAUAAGGUUCUUGGUUAGAAAGGUUGACUUGUGUAUCUUUACAAGAAGUUAAGAUAAGUAUGGUACUAGGGUAGAAUGUGUGACAUAUCACCUUUUUCUAUGCUUGGUGAGUUAUUACACCAUUUGAUUGAUGUCUUCUUUAUCUUUUUUUAAAAUUCAUCGAUCUCCUCUGAGUGCAAUGUACCGGGUACCGGUAGGUCAAAGUAAAUCAUAACUGUAUAUUCUGUACAUGACAUCAAAUGAUUCUGAAGAAAUUUAUUAUCAUGAUUUUAGUUGAAUGAGAAUGACAUAAAUGAUUGUAUGCAUACAGUAAAACUCAUUUAGUACGAACACAGAUAUAGCGAAUUCAGAUAUAGCGAAGUUUUUCUGGGUCCCCGGCAAAAUUCUUAACAAAUCUUUGUAAAACUUUACGGUUAUUAUGAACUCUGAUAUAACGAAUUUACAGAUAUAGCGAACUGAUUUUGAGUCCCGUUGAGGUUAAAUAUAAUGAAAUCUACAUCUUUUAUAACGAACCUUCAAAGAUCUCAAUAAAUUUGAUAAAUUGAACUGACUUUAUUUCCUUUUAGCAUUUGUAUAUAAAUUCAAUUCAUAAUAAAACCUUAGUUAUCGAAGGUAUGUUUUGUAAUAUUUGCUUCCCCAACAUAUUUGGUAGUAAUACUUCAAGGAAAAUAUGCAUAUUGUGAAUUCGCUAUACAUGUAUAUGGUUAUACGAAUUCGUUAUAUGGAUAUAACGAAUUUCGGAUAUAGUGAAUAAAAUUCACAGGUCCCCAGGACUUUGCUAUAACCAAGUUUUACUGUAUAUGUAUAUGUAUUUAAUCAUCAAACAAACUCCAUCAAUUUUCAUUCACAAAAUGACAUCACCAGUGUUGCAAUGUUUUAUAUAUUUAUGUAUGUAUUUUUUCCAUGUUCAUUUGUGAUAUAUGUAACAACAUAAGAUAAUUUUUGUACGAAACAAAUCAUGUAUGCUGGACCAAGGAGAAUCUCCUAUAUUCCAUUAAAUAAUCAAUAUGAAUGGUCUGCUAUGUUUUAAAAAUUCAACAAGUAUAUAUUUUAAAAAGAUUAUUUUAAGUUAAAUUGGUCUGUGUUUGAAAAAUGCAAAAAAUAAAUAUCUUUGUAUUAAGUUCACUGCAUAUUACUUUUUCAUCAAUUACACCAUUAAGAUAAAGAAUCAGAAGCUGUGGUGGUAUAUCACCCUUUUAAAGAUGUUUUGGAAAUACAUGUAACACUUUUUGAAUGUGUUUUUUCAUAUCAGAGAGAAUUUUUAAAAAAAUAUUAAUUUAAAUCUAUACAAAGCAGCAGUAGAACAAAGUCAAAAUUUUGCAAUACUGAAUUUGAAUUUGACAGAUCGAAAUCUGACUUCUUUUGUAACCCUGUGUUUUUUUUUCCCAACCAGUUUAAGUUGUAUUAUUUUGAGAUAUAUGAUGUAAAAUUUGACAAUCAUUGCCAAUUGCAGCAAUGUAGAAUUCUGUUCACUUGCAAAAAUUUGUCUUUUUGUCUGACUAUAGCAAGAAAGAGUUCUCCCCCUUGUAGAGACUGAAUACAUCUUACAACAACUAUAAAAUGAUUACUUGUUGAAUGUGCAUUUUGUGUAAAUAAAAAAAUAUCAUCAUUGCAAUUUUUCCUCAUGGUCCAACAUUUUAAAUGUUUAAUUUGAAGUUAACACUUUAUUUUUAUCUAAAGUGGGCAGUGAAAAGCAAAAUAUGGACAGUAGUAUAUUACCAGAACGAAUGCAAGUAAUAUAACAUUAUUACAAAGCUGAUUAGAUUUAUUUAGUGGGAUUCAAUAAUUUUCUCAGGGAAUAAAUGUCUUUGGCAUAGCAAAUCAUUUGUUUCUCUUUCAAAACAUUUCAAUGAUAAAAUAUACCUCAAAGGCGAAACAAUUUACAUACUGGUAAUUGUCUUUUCAGAACUCCAACGUUAAACCAUCACUUUUUGAAUUACUCUGUUUAUAUGAUAUGAUGAUAAGUAAUGUAUUCAUUCUGAAUGAAAUUAAAUGUACUCUCUUAAUUAAGUACUAUUAUACAUGUACUAAUCAUGGUAUCGUUUACUUCUAUGCUUUCAUCAUGAAUUGUGAGUGAAUACAGCAAAUAACGUCUAUUGAUGAAUUAAAAUUUUGCUAUUACUGA